GGAAUUUUCGUGCUGCGUUUUCGCUUUUCAAACUAACAGUAUAAGACUGACAGCAGUACAACAUGAAGUGCCAAUUAACAGCGACGAACUCUCUGGAGCCACAUAAUCGUUUGAAAGCGACAACAUGGACCUACGAAAAGCUAUUUACUUUACGUUUGUAUUUUGUAGUCUGCAAAGCGUCUGUUUGGGAUGCGGGUGGAUUCGGCACCGAUUCAGAGAUGUCAACAGCGAAUCAUUGUCUCUGCUCAAGCGGAUGGGCGGAGAUUAUACUACAGACACAAUGCCUGUCCCCUUCCCCAGCACAGCCUAUCGGUUGGCCCUACUUAGUGAAAAGACGGAUCGGAAAAUUGCUUUCUUAUCUCACACCAUGGAUAAAAUAAGAGAUCUUUUCAGUGACAAUAUGGAAACGGUCACAUGGAACAAAACAGAGCUGGAACAUUUCAAGGUUGUUCUUCACCGGCAGUCGCACGAACUGCACAGAUGUGUUUCGUCAAACUCUAAGCAUGAGUGGAAACUGAAGACAUACUUCAGGACGCUGCACAAGACUGUUUUAAAGGAAAUGAAGCACAGCGCACAGUCUUGGGAACUCGUAAGAAAAGCAGUGGAACGUCACCUGGAACAUCUAGACCUUCUUGCUUCUUCAAUCAAAAUGUGAGGAAAACCUCAGGGGACAUCAAAGCAAUUGCAAAGCGAUCAAGAUAUAAACUGACGUAUUCAUGGAUGAUAUAAAAGAAUUUUAUCUUGGUUAUUGAUUGUUAUCCACAGCGAUGUGCUGGACAAGCCGC